AUGGGGGAGGUUCUGGAACAGUUCUUCAUUUUUGUAGGGCUGCUGGUGUGCCUGGUCCACCUGGUGAAAUGUGUGAGAUUCUCCAAAUGUAUUUUCCUGCACUUCUGGAAGGUUUCACCAAGGUCUUUCUUGAAGUCAAUGGGACAGUGGGCAGUGAUCACUGGAGCAGGAGAUGGGAUUGGGAAAGCGUAUUCAUUCGAGUUAGCAAGACAGGGACUCAAUGUCGUGCUUAUCAGCCGGACACCGGAAAAACUACAGGCCAUUGCUGCGGAGAUUGAGUGGACGAUAGGAAGUAGUGUGAAGAUUAUACAAGCAGAUUUUACCAAAGAUGACAUCUAUGAGUAUAUUAAAGAAAAACUUAAAGACUUAGAAAUUGGAAUUUUAGUCAACAAUGUCGGCAUGCUUCCAAACCUUCUCCCGCGUCAUUUCCUUAACACACCGGAUGACAUCCAGAGCCUCAUCCACUGUAACAUCACCUCGGUAGUGAAGAUGACACAGCUGAUUCUGAAACACAUGGAAUCAAGGCGGAAAGGUCUCAUCUUGAACAUAUCUUCUGGGGUGGCCCUCUUUCCCUGGCCUCUGUACUCCACAUAUUCGGCUUCUAAGGCUUUUGUGUGCACAUUUUCCAAGGCACUGCAAGCAGAAUAUAAAGAGAAAGGAAUCAUUAUCCAGGUGCUCACCCCGUAUGCUGUUUCAACCCCAAUGACAAAGUAUCUAAAUACCAACAUGAUAACCAAGACUGCUGAUGAGUUUGUUAAAGAAUCACUGAAUUAUGUCACGAUUGGAGACGAAACCUGUGGCUGCCUCGCCCAUGAAAUCUUGGCAAGCAUUCUGAGCGUGAUCCCGUCAUGGGCCUUCUACAGCAGCGUGUUUCAGAAGAUGCUCCUGACUCGCUACAUGGACUACCUCAAGCAGAAUGCCAACAUCAGAUAGUCCUGGUGGGCUGAUGUGCCACCCAGCAUUGCUUUCUUCACCAAGUUCUGCGUUGGCCACAGAGGACCCAGGAACAGACCCGUACUUGUCACCUCCCUGAAGCUGGAGGGCCCAUGACACAGAUCCAGUACUUAAAAUUCAACUUUGUUUUGCAAUUUUACUCAAGUCUGGAGAUCUUUGGGAGAGCUGUGAUGUAAAAACAUGUGUUGUGCGAUGGGGUUUUAAUAGUUACAGAAGGUGAGGGUGUCUAUAGGUAAAACUGGAAAAUUUUCUGUAUGGGAUUAUAAUAUAAUG